AUGCAUCAACCGCAUUCACAAAUCUCCGUUCGUGACUUCUGCGCUGGGCCUGCAUGGAAUGACGAUUUCGCUGUAUGGAGAAGGAGCGCCGUGAACGAGGUGAGGAUCUGUUCGCUUUCUGGCAGGUCGAAAUCGCAAGGGCAAGCUGGAGACCUCGGUGAAAAUCAGGGGAAGUGCUGGUGUGGAGGCUUGUGCCAGGUCGCAUUCGGUAGGCGUCCUGCAUCUCACGGAGGGCAUCAAGCUGUUUCUGGCUCCAACCCCGCAUGUUGGGGACCCCACAUUGCCCACAACUCCAUCCUUAUCGGUCCGUCCCCUUGGCUCUUGGUACUCCACCCCAGAGUCUGGCACGCGAGGCACGUUGUCUACCGACAUCUUACAUGCGAGGACAUGAAGUGGUUGGCCGAAGUCCUCGUUGAAGAGGGGUGCAGACACACGCAAUGGGGAGAGAUUUAUGGAGACAACCUUAAGUCAUCUGAGCUUUUCAAAGUCUAUCAGAUCUCACGGAACAUAAUUCACUCCGAGGAACGUCCGUCUACAUGGCAUUUGUCAAGAGUGGUGCUCUGA